AUGAACUAUUCAGAGAUAAUGAAUAUGUUGUACGCACGUCCUAUGCCUGUAGCCGAUCACUUUAUGGCGUCUUGCACCAAUGCCGACGGACAAACGGCCGCUGAAGUUUACUUGGGCGAAGUGUGCGAAACGUGUUACGCACAUUGCGCUGGCGGAAAGACGGAACUGUGGCGGCACGCACGCGACGAGCACGGCGCAGACCCGAGACUGUUGUGUCACGUGCCUGGCUGCGGUAGGCGAUUUUUCGCUGCGGCCAUGUGCACAGAUCACCGUGCGCACCACCGAUACGAUGGACAUCACGACAUCGCGGGUCCGAACGACCCCACCGUUGACGUGUGAGCUGUGCGGCCACCUGUCCUGGAACCCGUCCAAGUACGACAGGCACAUGAACACGGCGCAUCCCGAAGCCCUGGCUGCCUUAUGUGGCGUAUGUCACUCGUACAAGGGAGACGUGUUGUUACUCAUCGACCACGUGCAGCGCCGGCACGCCCUCGAGAUCUGUGCUGA